UUCAGGUUGAAGUAAAAGGGAAGUCGAAAAACAACAUUCAGUCAGUGGCCUACCUGAGUCAGUAGUCAUGCCGCCUCCAGUAGAAGAAGAGUUUGACUUCAUCGUCGUGGGUGCAGGAAAUGCUGGAGCUGUUGUUGCUGGAAAUUUGGCACGUUCAAAAGCCAAACCAAGGGUUUUGUUGAUCGAACUCGGCGGUGACAAUUCGGCGGCACAUUUACGAAUACCGUCUGAGCGAUUCAUCAACCCUUAUGUGAAUCCCAACAUCGUCCUUGACUACAAGACGACCCCCCAGAAACAUCUCAAUGGCCGAGUACUCGACUAUCUCCGUGGGACAGGACUCGGAGGCUCCAGCAUCGCCAACUUUCUCGCUUACAUUCGAGGAACGGCGUCCGAUUACAAUCGGUGGGCUGAUCUUGUUGAUGACGACUCUUGGAGGUGGGAGAAUGUCCUGGAGAGGUACAACGAACUCGAAAACCUUCACUUCUCCGGUGGCAACGACGACGCUGACAGCGACCCUGAGGGGUACGUCAAGCUGAAACCGGGGGCGCAUGGGUUCGAUGGACCAGUCGACCUGACACUUCCAUCUCGCAAGGAAUGGCCCGAGGGUCUCGAUAUUCUCAUGCAAGCAGCCAAAAGCCACGGUCUCCCAUUGAACCCGGACCAGAACUCGGGAGACAUCAUCGGCAUGGCAGGAGUCACUACAACUACACACGCUGGCUGGAGAGUGACGAGUGCAUCUGCGUACUUGACCAACCCUCCUUCAAAUCUCGUCCUAUGGACAAACUCUGCCGUCACACAAGUCGUGUUCGACACCAAUACGACAAGUACAAAACAACAACCUAGAGCUUCAGGAGUCAUUCUCUCAGACGGUCGUCAAGUGAGAGCGACAAAGGAAGUCAUCUUGUCUCUGGGAACCAUCGACACUCCGAAACUGCUCAUGCUCAGUGGUAUCGGUGACAGAACGGAACUGGAGAAACAUGGAAUUUCGUGUCUCGUCAACAGCCCUCGAGUCGGCAAGGACCUCAUCGACCAUGUCUAUCUUGUCAUGACCUACGGAGCAAAGUCGACACUGGGGACGAAGGUCGCUUUCCAACAAAACAAAGAAUACGUCAAGGCCGCCCGUGAACAGUGGCUACGAAAUCAGACCGGACCAGACGCGACGUUGAACACAAUCAACAUUAUUGGCUUCCUAAAGUUUGACUCUCGACGAAUCAAUUUCGAUGAAAUGUACAAACUCGACUCGAAAACCCGCAACUUCCUCGAACGUCCCGACGUACCUCAGUACGAGUUUUAUAUGCAAGGAUACAUCCCCGACGAUUGGGAUGUCGAGAAACACGGCCCAGAAUGUUUGGGUAUGGCCGUCAUGUUGAUGAACCCUCAAUCCCGAGGAUACGUGGCUCUAGCCUCGAAAGAUCCUCUUGCUAGACCCAUCAUCGAGACGAAUUACCUCGCUCACCCCUAUGACCGACAAACCAUAAAUAACGCAGUCAAGGAGGCCAUGUCUUUUGCAAAAUCAAAACAACUCUCUCCUUACUUGCUCGACAAAGUUUUGGGUCCGGAGUCGGACAGCGAUGAGCAUGUCACAAAAUUUGUCAAAGAUGAACUCAUGUCAAUCCUUCAUGGGGUCGGGACAGUCAUGAUGGGUCCCAAACACGAAGACACUUCUUCUUCUUCUUUCUCUCCUUGUGAUACCGACUUUCGUGUACGUGGCGUAGACGGGCUAAGAGUCAUUGAUUUGAGUGUGUGUCCAACCAUCACAAACAACCAUACUCAAGCAACUGCGUAUCUGGUAGGUCAUAUGGGUUGGAAAAAACUUUGUGAUGAAUACAAUCUGGAGUCGCCGAGUGGUCAUGCUUCUGGUAGCAGUAGCAGUGGUGGUAGUGGGUUGUCUAGAGAGCAUCGUCUAUAG